CGCAGCUGCACUGGCCUAGUGGCCUGGUGCUGUUUUGUUGAGAGCUUCAGAAAAAAAGAGAGUGACUUUUAAUGAUCUAGAUGAACCGAAGAUUUUAGCGUAAUAGGUACAGGAGUUUACAGGCAUUCUGUCCUCCUGUCAUGAGAUCUUGCCUGGCCCCCGGCAGCCCCUCCUGCAGUUGAUGACUCUUCAGCUGGUCUGGAGAUGACGGACAGUGUCAGAGUGUUUCUCCGCAAUGUUGCUACGGGGAUCAAGGACUCCAUCCUGGGCAUCACAACCAUCUCCAAGCUGGAUGCCCGGAUUCAGCAGAAGAGGGAGCAGCAGAGGAGGCGCAGAACAAGUGGGGUGCUGGCGAUGAGACGGAAUCAGAGCGAUGAGCGAAAACAGGACAGAGAACCUAAACUAGCGAGUCGAAUUUUUCAAUGCUGUGCCUGGAAUGGGGGUGUGUUUUGGCUAAGUCUGUUGCUGUUUUAUCGAGUGUUCAUCCCAUCGCUACAGUACCUCACUGCUAGAAUCAUAGGUGACCCUUCAUUGCAUGGUAAUGUGUGGUCCUGGCUGGAGUUUAUUCUGACUUCUGUGUUCGGUGCUCUCUGGGUUCUGCCUCUAUUCGUGCUUAGUAAGAUAGUCAAUGCUAUUUGGUUCCAGGACAUUGCUGAUCUGGCAUUUGAAGUGUCUGGACGUAAAGCUCAGCCUUUUCCCAGCGUCAGUAAGAUCAUUGCAGACAUGCUCUUCAAUCUUUUGCUCCAGGCCCUCUUCCUCAUUCAGGGAUGGAUUGUGAGUCUCUUCCCCAUUGUUGCUGUUGGUCAGCUGCUCAGUCUCCUGCACAUGUCUCUGCUCUACUCACUUUACUGCUUUGAAUAUAGCUGGUUUAAUCACGGAAUUGAGAUGCACCAAAGGCUGUCAAACAUUGAGAGGAACUGGCCGUAUUAUUUUGGCUUUGGAUUGUCCAUGGCACUACUAACUGCGCUGCCCUCUUCAUAUAUCAUAAGUGGCUGUCUAUUCUCCAUCCUCUUCCCGCUCUUCAUCAUCAGUGCUAAUGAAGCAAAGACACCAGUCAAACUGAACCACUUCCAGCUCCGCCUCUUUUCCCUUGUCGUGCUCAUCAGUAACAAACUGUUCCACAAGACUGUGCACCGGCAGAAUUCCCUCACGCCCUCCGCGUCCGCACAGAAACUGCCCUUACCUCACAUUUCCUUGAUGCGCCAGCGACCUUUACCCCCCCAGUGACCUCUUUCAGGAUUUGUAACUCGGUUCAGGUUAAGAGGAAUCACGGUAUACAGAGGGGUGGGAAAAUGAUUUGAUUUGCAUUCUGUUUAUUUGAAAAUGUGUCUCAGCCCUGUCAAUGUUGUUUUGGGGGCUGAAGCAGACCUGAUUGUAAUGUGAAUGGCCUGUGUUUGUGCCUAUUCCACACAUGUGAAUACACACAAGGUCUUGAUUUCUACUCUGUGAUUUUUGUUGGACUAUUUUUGUACAACUAUGUGCCAUUUGGAUGAUUUUUAGAGUUUUCAAAGACUUCUGUGUGCACAUUUUAUGUGAACUGACCAACCCAAUUUUAGGCCCCAUAGUUUACUCAUUUGAUCUAUUUAUGGCUUUCUUUUUCAUUUAAUGUAAUGACUUUUUCUGCCUUGUGAGGCCCAAACAGUUAACACUAAGCUUUGACGUAGUUGCUCGUCUAAUGACCUUAGAAAUGAGUGCAAAAGGACCCAGACGUCCUUAGAUUGCUUUAGCUUCCUGCACUGAUACAAAAACUUUUUGCAUCAUUGACUGUAAACCUGGCGCAAUGCACGUUGGCGUGCCACAUUUGAGUGCUAUGGCAGUGAGCAAGAUUUCGCUCAACUUUUAUAGUACUUUAAUGGUGCCUUUUUGUAGCUUGACAGCCCCUGGUCACUGUAGGCUUUCAUGACAUGGAAAAGAGCAGCGUGAACUUUUUUUGUGUUCCAUGAAAUAAAGAAAAUCGUAUUGAUUUUAGAACACCAUGGAGGUGAGUAAAUGAUGAUACUGUAUUUAUUUUGAGCUAAACUGUUCCUUUAAUGUUACAAUGUAAAACUCAAAAGGGAGCUGCUUUUAUUUCAUUUUAUUAUUAUUUUUAAUUAGUUUAAUUUUGGGAAUUCCAUGUCAACAUGAUCCAGUGCCGUCCGUAAUGGUUCUGGGAUAAUUUCCAACAGUUAUUUGAAGGUAUGCACAAGCUUUACUCAAACUGCCAAACUGUGUUAUAUGUGAUGUUAGUCUUGAAAGUUUCUGAUGAAUGCUGGCGUGUCUGAGUCCAAUGGAUGUCCACUGAAGUGUAUGUUCCAUGAGCUCAAACCUGGAUCAUGGUUGUGAACAUAUAAACCUGAAGCACACACUAAAGGCCUGUUUUGAUAUCCUUGUACCUGCGGGGUGGGUGUAUUUUAAAUGGGUUGUAAUUGUCGUCAGGAGUCUAAAGUGUUACACCUGCAGAUAGAUAUUUGCGAGUGAGAUUUUGUAAAAGUAUUACAGUGUUUCAAUAAAUUUGGUCUGU